AUGCCGGAAGUUGGCAAAUCGGACAUCAGUGAAAAUAGUAACCUUCUUCGGAUUUGAGAGAAGGAGAGAGGCAACCAAGAAGCUCACCCGGAGAAAGAGGUGUUUGCAGAAAAGAUGCCACUGUUUGGGGAGCCCUACAAGACUACAAACAGGGAUGAGUUGUCGCGUCGGAUACAGAACAUACUAGGAGACUACGAAGUUAUGAAGGAGUUAUGGAGAUCUAUGUCUUGUACUCAGUGUCCAAAUGGUUCUGAAGACAGCCAGGGGAAGCCGAAAUAUCCUUCAUUUCAUGACAGGGAGAGCCUUGAAUCCAACUCCUGUUGCACGCACAUCUACCACAAGCUUUUCGGUACUUCUUCUGCCCGUGGAUCACCUUUUGUUGGUAACAUUAGCCACAGUUCAAAGAUGGCACCACCAAGGAUGGAGCCAGUGCCAAGUCUCCAUGCCAAAAACUAUGGUCCACCCGACAAACAGCAUCUGACUCGAGAUCGCCUCAGUCAGGAGGGGCACUCUUCAAACCACAAAAAGUGUGACCGCAGAGCUGAUGGUGACUCAGCUCCGGCUAAAAAACUCUCACCCUUAAUCUCCCCUGUGUCCCAUUUGUCCCCUGUACAUUCCAGACUGCAAAGAACCAGCAAGGUUUACAGCAGCAGUAGCACUAGCAAUAAAGGCUACUGUGCGGACGUGUCUUCCAAGGACCUGAAGGUGAAGGUUCAAGAUAACGCGACUCCUCUCGACAAGUCUUCCAAGGACCUGAAGGUGAAGGUUCAAGAUAACGAGCCUCCUCUCGCCAGUUCAGUGGUAAUUACGAGACUGGGGGUGGCCUCUUCUCAAACGUUUCCACCCCCACCCCUCCCCUCAGAAAGUGUUGCAAUGCAGCAGAAGCCCAUGACAUGUAUCUGGCCCACGGACGGUGAGAAUCAGGCUCCCAGUGAGUCCUUGGGCCUGAAGACGCCACUGGAAGACAAUGGUCAGCAGAGCUUCGAAAAAUUGGAUGUAAAAGUGCCAGCCAAAGCCAAACUCACCAGACUGAAGAUAUCUUCACAGUCGGAGUUGGUGGAGCAGUUGUUCUCCAAUGAAGUCCGCUGCAUUGAGGAGAUUCUGAAGGAAAUGACCCAUUCGUGGCUCCCUCCUCUGACAGCCAAGCAUAAACCCAGGACGGCCAAGACCAAGCAUACACCCAGUACGGCCAAGUCAUCCAGAUCUCCUUUCCCUACAAAGGAGCCUCUGCCCAAUAGUUCUGCAACCCAAAGCCAAAAUCAAUACGAUCCGGCUUCCAAAAUUUAUCCCAAUUCGCCGCAAAAAACAUCCACACUCGGUGCGGACCUGCAGCUCAGUGAUAGUGAAGAGAGCGACACAGAACAAACUACAGAGAAGCUUCCAUCCCUAUCUGCACCUCCAAGCGCUGCCCAGAUUCUCCCCAAGCCGGAUCCCAAUUCCCAGCAAGGAACAUCCAUACUCUGGGAGGACCUGCAGCUCAGUGAUAGUGAAGAGAGCGACAUUGAACAAACUGUAGAGAAGCUUCCAUCCCUAUCUGCACCUCCAAGCGCUGCCCAGAUUCUCCCCAAGCCGGAUCCCAAUUCCCAGCAAGGAACAUCCAUACUCUGGGAGGACCUGCAGCUCAGUGAUAGUGAAGAGAGCGACAUUGAACAAACUGCAGAGAAGCUUCCUUCCCUAUCUGCACCUCCAAGCGCUGCCCAGAUUCUCCCCAAGCCGGAUCCCAAUUCCCAGCAAGGAACAUCCAUACUCUGGGAGGACCUGCAGCUCAGUGAUAGUGAAGAGAGCGACAUUGAACAAACUGCAGAGAAGCUUCCUUCCCUAUCUGCACCUCCAAGCGCUGCCCAGAUUCUCCCCAAGCCGGAUCCCAAUUCCCAGCAAGGAACAUCCAUACUCUGGGAGGACCUGAAGCUCAGUGAUAGUGAAGAGAGCGACAUUGAACAAACUGUAGAGAAGCUUCCUUCCCUAGCUGCACCUCCAAGCGCUGCCCAGAUUCUCCCCAAGCCGGAUCCCAAUUCCCAGCAAAAAACAUCCAUACUCUGGGAGGACCUGCAGCUCAGUGAUAGUGAAGAGAGCGACAUUGAACAAGCUGCAGAGAAGCUUCCUUCCCUAUCUGCACCUCCAAGCGCUCCCCAGAUUCUCCCCAAGCCGGUGGUGUCAGCACAUUCCAGUAGUGCAAAGUCGGAAAAUAAGGGUGAAAACCGCAACACUGACCAGCUACACCCUGAGUCCAAAGGCUCUCCCCCCAAGAGUUCCAGCAAAGCCGUCCAGGAUCCCACUGAAGGGCCCCAACCUGAGGAGAGGAGCUGCCAGAAAUCCCCUGCCCAACAGGAGUCCCCACCUCAGCGAACUAUUGAAACCAAACAACCCAGAAAUCCUGCCAAGGGCUCUGGCCAGGUGGAAAGUAAACCAGGACCCCUGCCUUCUGUAUCAAAAAAACAGACUUCCAAAGACAAACCCGAGAUGAAUGCAAAAGGCAGGGAGCCUAAGCCUGAAGCUCCUAUGCCCAACCAUCAGGCAGCCGAGCCUGCCCCUAAGGAGAAAAGGAAGCACAAGGGUUCCCAGGCUCCCUCAGGCCCUCAGCUGUCAAAGGACAAAGCUCUAAACAGGAACUCUUUCACUCCACCCCACUGUGGUAGGGGCUGCAGUGGUGGCAGCAGUGGCAGGUCUAGCCACUGCCAACAAAUUGCAAGUGUCCGGGAAGACGGUCAAAAGAGAGACACCGAAUUGCUCUCACCGCUCAGGGACUCUUCACUACCAAUGAGUUUGGUAGAGAAGAUAAACCUAGAUCACCUCACUCGGAUUCCCCAGCCCCUGGGGCAGGGUGGCAGCCCUAGGAAAGCAGAAGACAGGCAGCCGCAAGCAGAUAAGAAGCAAGACUCUGAAAAGAGAGACUGCAAUGGCUCCAGCAGACUGAGCAAGAAGAGAAAGGGCAGCGACUCAGAAAAAGACCGUGCCAGCAAGAAAAUCAGAAGGGAGAAAGAUGUCCAGUCACAUUGUACUUCUUCUUCCUCUUCCCAUACUGAAUCUUCCAAAACAGAGACUUCCAAAAUGCCUUCUCUGCCACCUGUGUCAGCCUCUUCCUCCUCCCAGAAGUCAACCAAAACUGCAGGCAAGAAACCAAAGCCGGAUGUAGACACCUGUGGUCAGGACCCUCCCAAAAGUGCAGGCAGUGCCAAUGCCAAUGACAAGGACUCUUCUGUUCCCAAGCCCAGAAAAGUGCCGAAAGUGCAGGCCAAGGGCUCGGAAUACAAAGGGUCUUCUAGAGAAGCCACAAACGCGUUCCUAGUGCCUUCUUCGCCAAAGGGUAACUGUAAACCAGGGAAGCCACAAGUGAAACCUUACAUGCAGAAAGCUAACUUUUACAUGAAGGAAGCUCAAAGGUUGAAGUGUAAAGCAGCGGCAAUGACGAACAAGAUCAAAAAGGCCUUCAAAUAUUUGGAAGCUGUCCUGUCUUUAAUUGAGUGUGGGAUGGCCAUGGAGUCAGAAAGCUCAGUAAAGGCAGCGUACGCUGUCUACUCAGAAACUGCAGACCUCAUUAAGUUCACGAUGUCAUUAAAAUCCUUCUCGGAUGCCACGGUGCCAGCACAAGAAAAGAUAUUUGACGUUUUAUGUUUACGUUGCCAGUCACUGGUGAACAUGGCGAUGUUUCGCUGUAAAAAGGACAUAGUAAUGAAGUAUUCUCACUCUCUUGGUGACCACUUCAACAAUUCUUCUCUGCACAGGUAUUCCGUCCUCCCUCUCCCCAGUGCCUUCUCCUGCCAGAUCUGUCAGGUCCCAGUCAAGUGCUGGUGGGAUGAUGGCCACCGUCAGUGUCCCAGUCACCAUCCAGAACAAGACCUUUGCCUAUUUCACCAUCACAAACCACCUCCUUAA